UCCAUUUGACCCUUCAUUUUCAGUACUAAAUGCGGUUUCUAAUGUCAUAUGUGCUUUGAGUUUCGGACAUCAGUUUUCUGCAGAAGAUGAAGAGUUCCAGAAGCUGGUUCAAGCUCUUAAAAUUAUUUUGAAAUACGUUGGUGACUUUAUUCAUGUGGUGUAUGAUUUGUUCCCACAGUUAAUGAGGUACCUCCCAGGCCCUCACAAGAAAGUCAUGGCUUCUCUGGAUAUUAUCCUAGCGUUUGCAAAGCAGGAAAUCGAGAAACACAAGGAAUCUCACUCUCUGCAUGAGCCACAAGAUUUUAUUGAUUACUAUCUUCUUCAGAUGGAGAAGAGCAAGAAUGAUCCCAACUCUACCUACAAUGAAGAGAACCUGGCUCAGUGUAUUUUUGAUUUUUUUUCUGCUGGAACAGACACAACCCUUGCUACUCUGAUGUGGGCACUGCUCCUCUUGACAAAUCAUCCCAACAUCCAAGAGAAAGUCCAGAAAGAGAUUGAAGAUGUGUUUGGUUCCUCGGGGUCGAUUUCCUACCAGGAUCGGAAGAAGCUACCCUACACCAAUGCUGUGAUUCAUGAAAUGCAGCGUGUAAAAUAUGCCUUGCUCUAUGGGAUUCCCAGGCAAAGCACAAAGGAUGUGACAAUGAGGGGAUAUCACAUUCCAAAGGGGACCUUUAUUUUUCCAGACCUGCGUUCUGUUCUUUUUGAUCCUGAACAAUGGGAGACACCUGAAAAAUUCAAUCCAAAUAAUUUUUUAGAUAAGGAUGGAAAAUUCAUUGACCGAGAAGAGUUUCUGCCCUUCGGAUUAGGUAAACGUGCAUGCGUGGGAGAGCAGCUGGCAAGAAUUGAGAUCUUCAUCUUUCUGACCAGCCUGUUGAGGGCCUUCAACUUCCGGUUGCCUGAAGGAGUAAAAGAACUCAACGAAGCCCCUGUUGUAAAAUUGAUAAUGCACCCACACCCUUACAAACUGUGUGCUAUUCCCACACAGGCUUAAACUUUAAAAAAACAGCAUGAAAAGCAUAAAACUGUUUCCUAUAGGCCUGUUCUCUUAAUUGAACUUUUGCUUUCAUUUAUUGUACUUUAAAACUUUUUCAGCCUAGUUCACAAACAUACUUCACCAGUUCAACCAGUGGUGUGUGAACAAUAUGCUAAGUAAAUUUGCUUUGUUUUACCUUAGUUUUCUUUUGCCAAUAA